GUGGUAACUCAACAGUGAGUGUGGGUCGACACGAGACCGCGCUCGUCAAGUCGUCACCCGUCCACGGCUCUCUCGCUAGCCCGCCAUUACUUCAUCCCAACCUCUUCUCUUACUAAUGGCGACAGCUCCAGCUUCUAUUCUCAGGCCUUUGCCUCUCAUCGUAUCCCCUUCUCAACAAAGGCUCGACCUUUACCCCCGCUUCCUCUCGCCCUCUGCUUUCCCCAGUCUCAGACAGUCGCCGUUAUCACUCCGAUCUAAACCGGCCUCAUCGAGCUCGACGCGUCGGUUGGCCACAGUAAAGGCAGCGCAAUCAAGGUUCAUUAAAGUCAUUCAAAGUGCUUGGAGGAUUGGGAAAGAUGCAGUUGAGGCGGGAACCAAUCUUGUGCCAGGUUCAAUUCCCAGACCGGUAGCAAGAAUUGGUGUUACUGGAGCCUUGGUGACACUUGCUCUUUUUCUAUUCAACUCUAUCCUCUCCACUGCAUUCUUUGUAUUGGCAGUGAUGGGAGCCAUUUAUUUCCUCUACAUAUCCUUUAACAAGGACGAAGGGCCUAGAGGAGGGGGUGACCCCUUGAGUGAAGAGGAAAGCUUAGAAGAAGCCAGGAGAAUUAUGGAGAAGUACAAGUGACUGGCUCUGGAGUUCAAUAUCGUUUUUGAAAAAGAAGAAUGUGGAAUCAUAUUGUUCUCUAACUUCCAGUAUUUCACAGUUUAAAAACUACCAUGAUUUUUUGUUGAAUACAGAAUUUGUAAAGCAAGACUGGAACCAGUUACUUAAAACAGUAAAUAGGAAGCUCUAUAUUCCAGACAAACACAGCCAACCUUUUAAAAUGUUUAAAAAAAGGUACUUCGAGGGGAUUUGAUUUCUCACCUACUCUCCUUGAAACUGAUUAGUAUUCUUUGGAGCA